ACACGGCUGCCAUGGAUCCAAUAUUUUAUCCCCCAACAAAUGGUAUUCCUUCAGAAAGUAAACUGGCAACAUACAUGGUAACUCCUCAGUCUCCCGAAUUCAUUCCAACACGUAUGAACUCUUCACCCAAUUUUUACUCAGCAUAUCAUAAUUCGAUGCUGGCGAAUGGUUUAAAUAGCACAAACAUUAAUGGCCUGUCACCAGCAUCAACAAAAUUAGUGAAUGGUUCAACAUCUUUGUUAGGAAUGCAGAAAGCAACAGCUGCUGUCCUAGCGCAACAAAAACAAAUCCAACAGCAGCCCCAACAGCCGCAACAUUCAAUACUUAAUGGUACAAUCUCGACAACGGCGAAUCAACAAAUUGUAGCACCACCAACUGCCACACAACCGUAUGUGAACAUGACAACACCUCUAAAAGGACGCAAUAACUUACUUCAACGUAACGAAUCCCCAACGAAUAUUGGUGAGAAAUCGCCGCCACGUAUAACACCGCAUGUAUCACCAAUACCCUCGACACUAUCGGCGAAUGUACAUCAGGAAAACGUUGGCGGCACAAUAUAUUUUUAUCCAACUGCCAAUCACACAGCCGCACAGAAUUCAAAUUCUGUUGUGAAUAAUGUGGAUCCUGCUGCAAAUCAUCAUGCAACACCUUCUGUAGUAGCGCCGAUAACGCCUGUACAGUCAUCACUGCUCUAUGCGGGUCACAUAUACCCCGGUCCAGCCUCCAAUGUAAUAUCAUUACAGCCAAAAAGCCAAUUGGAGUCAGCAUUUUUUAUGCCGGAAGAAAUGCGUUCAGAAGUUCUUGCCCGCAAUGAGAUCUCGAAUUUACUGCUCGAUCCCAAUGAGACAGCACAAAAUUCAAUUCCUAUUGAAAUGGAAAAUUUUCAUUCGUUGUAUCCGCUAGAAUCGGUACAACCGUUGCAUGGUAAAUUGACUAUGUUAUCAACCACAUACAAGGCAACAAACAGCAACACUGGCGUUAAAUAUUGCUUAAGAAGAUUACACGGUUUUCGUUUGCAGUCUAAAAAUUGUUUGCAACUUGUUGAUAUGUGGAAAAAAUUGCAGCACUCAAAUGUUGUGCAAUUACGUGAAGUUUUCACAACUAAGGCAUUUGGUGAUAAUUCAUUAGUAUUAGCUUACGACUAUCAUCCAGGCUCUCAGACAUUGUUAACGAAAUAUUUUACGCCACUACAAGAAAACGGUUAUUCAGAUCCAUUCCAAGGUGAUGCGCGACCUUUCAGCCACAAAGGUGCACAGAAGUCCAACAAUGGGCCACUGUUGCCGGAAGCAACAAUCUGGGCAAUUGUUAUGCAAUUGACUGCAGGAUUACGUGCAAUUCAUCAAGCAGGAUUAGCAUGCAAAUCCUUAGAUCCAACGAAAAUAAUUGUGACUGGUAAACGAGUUCGCUUCGCUUUUUGUGGUACAAAUGAUAUAGCACAGUUUGAUCCAAACGCUACUAAUCCAUUGGCUGUUGUGAAUAUGCAUCAACAGGAGGAUUUAACAGAAUUGGGUCGUUUAGUAUUAGCUUUGGCUUGUAGAUGUUUACAAUCAGUUCAACGUAACAAUGUACAAACAAGUUUGGAAACAGUCGCACGUCAUUAUUCAAAUGAUCUGAGAAAUUUAAUUGUAUAUCUCUUCUCAACACAAAGACGUUCUGUAACUGAUUUAAUGCCUAUGAUUGGUGCACGCUUUUAUACACAGUUGGAUGCAUUACAAAACCAAUGCGACAUGCAAGAAGACGAACUUUCAAAAGAAAUGGAAAAUGGACGUCUGUAUAGGAUUCUGGUUAAACUAAAUAGUAUCAACGAGCGACCAGAUUUUAACUUGGAUUGUACGUGGUCUGAAACUGGUGAUAGAUAUAUGUUAAAAUUAUUCCGUGAUUAUCUAUUCCAUUCCGUCACUGAAGAUGGUCGACCAUGGCUGGAUCACGCACAUAUUAUACAAUGUUUAAAUAAAUUGGAUGCCGGUUCUCUAGAAAGAGUGCAACUGAUGUCUCGAGAUGAGCAGUCUGUUCUGAUCGUUACGUAUGCUGAACUCAAAAAUUGUCUUGAGAAUGCAUUUUCAGAGUUAUUAGCAAAUGCAGCUACGUAAAAGUAUCUGUAUUUUGAUUGGAAAAUUAAAUACUGCAUCCACCUAAGACAUUUAAAAAUUAUAUGGAUAUUGGGCGAAAAUUGUUUUGCUCAGUUUACUUUAUUGCUCCCAUCUCUCAUAAAAAAUAAAAUAAAAUAAAAUAAAAUAAAGAAAAUCACAAACAAUACACAUCUUCUAAAAACCUAGAAAA